UUGGGGUGUUUAUUGUCUUGAUGCUGCUCCUUUUUCUCUAUAUUAAUAAGAAGUUCUGUUUUGAAAAUGUUGGAGGGUUUCCAGAUCUUGGUUCAGGAUACAAUACACGGACGAAUUCACAAGAUAAAAUGUGUAUAGACUAAAUACACAAUAGUAUUUGAGGGAAAAUAAUGUCUUGCCGCUGUUUUGAUAGAUAUGGAGUGGGAAAAGAUGUCAUUGCACUUAAACCAAGUGAUUUGAGUUUUAUUUUUUCCGGAGGAAUCUUUACUUCAACGGAUUUCUUCCAAUGCAUAUUGCAUUUACAGAAAGAUUAGAAGACAGUGUGAAAUACUUCUGUCAUGCUAAUGAUAGCAACAUUUAAGUAAAUGUUAAAUUCACAUACCAAAGUAGUUGAUAUUUUGAGAAGAGGAAAUUCCAUUAUUGCAUCUUUUAGGCACAAGGAACUGGAAAAUGGCAUUUUUCAAAAGUUUUCAGCAGACUCUGCCUUCGGUGUCCUCCCUUGUGGACACCAUCAGUAGUGCUGUAGAAGAUCUGAGCGCUGCAGUUGGGGAAGUCAGCUGCGCCAUAACCGGCUCAGUCGCUGGGCAGGUAGCAAGUAUGAUGCAUGGCUUUUGCCCAGAGGAGGGAAGCUGCACAGCAGCAGAGGCUGCAGGGUCUUCUAAAGCCCAAAAUGCAGUAUUGCAGGAUACCUCCAAAAAUACUGCUUGUCAGAAAACACAGUCUGAUUUAGAUCACAAGGCAAAGCAAAUAACCUGCUGCAACACUUCAACUCCACAAAAACAAGAACAAGAAAUAUAUGAACAGGGGUUGUAUAUUCAUGAUGGGCAGUGGGCAACCUCAGAAUACCAAGAAACUGGAGAGGCCAGUGGUGCUGCUUUGAAAGGUCUCAUGAGCGAUGGGAUAUCAGCUAUCAAGCAGAAAAUGAGGCCUGCACCCACUUGCCAUGAACUGAAACAGACUGACAAAUGUGAAAUAUCUGGAAUGGGAAUCUCUGGGAAUGAUAAAAAUCAUUUAAACCAGGUAAGUUAUCAAGAAGUGAAAGGGAGUCUGAGCACCAAUGGGCGGAACGUUCUCUCUGUGCAGAAGUGCGUGGUCACGGACAACUCUAAAGCCAGAUUUCAGCACAUACCUGUGGGAAGAGAGCAAGAGAACUCAGAGAGCAUCACUAGAAGUAAACGUCCUAGUAAUUUAGAGCAUUCUGAUCAUUUAGAGAAAGCUAAAAAUCAUAAUAAACAUGAUGGAUUUAAAGGGAAUGAAUGUUCAGGAAAUAAGUGUUCUCCAGAAGAUACCACGAGAAACAGAUACAGGGCACAGAAAUCCAUUGUGAGGGAAGACACAUGUUCAGCUCCAUCAACAUACUGUAAAAACAUGCUUCCCAGGAAAAUCAAGGAAAAAAUAAAUCCAACAAAAUACUACAAAGUGAAAGGAGACAUGAAAGCAAAGAAAAACGAAGCUAAUUCUGCUAAGAGAGGAACAGCAGAGAGUAAAGUUGGCAAAUACUCUAAGAUAUUACCAGAAAAAGAUAAUUCCUAUAUGGACAGAGAUGAGCCUAGUUCAUCCUCUGAAAGUGAAGAUGAAGCACUGGGUAAAUAUCACGAGGCCUUAUCCAGAACACACAAUUCCAGGUGGCCAUUGGUAGAUUCCAGACAAAAGAGCUAUGCCUGGGAAACAAGGCAGAAGUACAGCCCCCUGUCUGCAGAGUACGAUGGGUACAGCACUGAGGCAUCCAUGGAGGACGGAAACUGCAUUCAGAGAAUGAGGAGGACACCUCCAUUGGAUGAGCUGCAGCCGCCGCCUUACCAAGACGACAGUGGUUCUCCUCACCUCUCAUGCACACCCUCCGAAAUCGGGGAUGCCAAGUGUGAGAUUUCCCGCUGCAGCAACAGCCCACGGUGUUCUUUCAACAAGUGCCCCAGUGAAGGAAGCACAGGUCACGAGGCUGAGAGCUAUCACAAUAAAGGAUAUGAAGAUGAUGUUCCUAGCGACAGCACAGCAGUCCUUAGCCCUGAAGACAUGUCAGCUCAAGGAUCCUCCUCACAGCUUCCUAAACCUUUUGAUCCAGAGCCAGAAGCUAAAUAUGGCACACUGGAUGUGACUUUCGACUAUGACUCUGAAAGACAGAAGCUUCUGGUAACAGUGACAGCUGUCACAGACAUUCCAACAUAUAACAGGACAGGUGGCAACUCGUGGCAGGUACACCUUGUUCUUCUACCUAUAAAAAAACAGAGAGCCAAAACAAGCAUCCAGAGAGGACCAUGCCCUGUCUUCACAGAAACGUUCAAAUUUAACCACGUUGAAUCUGAGAUGAUUGGAAACUAUGCAGUUAGGUUCAGACUGUAUGGUGUCCAUCGCAUGAAGAAAGAAAAGAUUGUGGGGGAAAAGAUUUUUUAUUUAACAAAAUUGAAUCUUCAAGGGAAAAUGUCGUUACCGGUGAUACUGGAACCUUCAUACAAUCCUUCUGGCUGUGACUCUCAGGUGAGCUUGUCUGAAGCAUCCUGUGGUGACAGUACAUCCUCCUGUCAGUCUCUUGAACAUGGCUCUGUUCCAGAAAUCCUCAUUGGGCUCCUUUACAAUGCCACCACUGGAAGACUAUCAGCAGAAGUGAUCAAAGGCAGCCACUUCAAAAACCUGGCAGCAAACAGACCACCCAAUGGACUGUUCUGUUGUCUAAAACACUUGAUAGGUGGACAGGUUUAUAUAAUCCGAGAUACAUAUGUUAAGUUAACACUGCUGAAUUCCAUGGGCCAAGAGAUGUCCAAAUGCAAGACAUCCACCCGCAGAGGGCAACCAAAUCCGGUGUACAAGGAAACUUUUGUUUUUCAAGUGGCCUUGUUUCAGCUUUCUGAUGUGACUCUGAUACUGUCUGUGUAUAACAAGCGCAGCAUGAAAAGGAAGGAGAUGAUAGGCUGGAUUUCCUUAGGUCUGAACAGCUCUGGGGAGGAGGAGCUCAGACACUGGACUGCAAUGAAGGAAUCGAAGGGACAGCAAGUGUGCAGGUGGCACGCACUGCUGGAGUCCUGAGGAAGACUGAAGAAGGCUGUAAGCCCAGCACUGCCUCAGAGGAGCCAUUCCCUGGAGAGUCCUCGUCAACACCCUACCACAACGCUUCACAUCAAUGAGAGACCAUCCAGUGCUGAGCUGAGGGGAAGGACGCUUUGUCUCUGGUAGAGACAGCUCACAUGAGAAACCAAGAAAUGUGUGUCCUUAAUGUUCAGCAGCCCACCAGAAAUUGAAUUGCAUACUUUUUAUUUGAACUUGAUUUUCUUAGUGAAAGAACUAGGAAUUCUGUGGAGAUUGUGGCUUUGAACCAGAGUUUCCAUUGCAGCAUUACAUAUCAUCACCCACACGCUGUCCAUAAGGCAUUCCGAUGGCCAGUCCUUGGGUGGAUCUCAGUGAGCACAGUCCUGUCUCAAGGUGAAGGUUCAUUUCAGAUAUGUUCUCUCUGUGCCUCAGCCUUUCUCUAUAGUACAACCCAAGUGCAAAAUUCCCUGAAGGAUAGUUUAAGGUUGGUUUGUUUGACAUUUAUUUCUUUACCUCCUUUUUUUUUUUUUCCUGACCCAAAGAGACCAUGCCCUUAUGGUCCCUUGCAAACCUUUAUGACUGUACUGCAGAACUUCAUAACUUUAUGUUCAAGCCCUUUAUGUACCAUGUGUUCCAGCAUAGAGAAUGGUAGGGCACAGCUGUCAUUUGGAAUUGCUUUCAAUGGUCAGUCUUUACAACUGUGUGAUGUGGCAGACACAGUAGAUGGCUGUUGAAAUUGGAAGACAACUCUAGUUAAAAGGAAUUUUGACUAUCUGUUCAGAGUAUAUAGUCUCCAACAGGAGUAAAACAGGAGCUCCUGGAAUCCUUCCUCACUCACUCCCGUGUCUUUGUAGUUCUCAUUUCUAUUCCAACAUAAAGUCAUUCUGAGAUCCCUUGUGCUCUAGUGACUUGUGCUGUGUUCUUUGAUGGAUUCAGCAUGAUGUCACCCUGUGCCUUCCAUGCAAGUUGACCUUGCUUACACAGCUGGGAAGCUGUAGUCGUGGGUUUGGCCUUCAGCACUUGGAGGUGUGAAGCUCCUUGGCAGUCCCAUGGCCUUGCCCUGCUCUGCAGGAAGUGAGGCCAUGCACUGUGCUGGCCUCCAUUCUGCAAGCAUUUCCUUGUCGUGUUUUCAUAUUUAGAACCUACAGGUCAACUGGAAAUAGUGUAAGCUAUUUUCUUUUUAAUUUUUCUUUUUAACAAAAUUUUACACAUAUACUUUAUUAGAGUCCGUUUUGUAUACAUGAAAAUAUUUUCCUUUUGCUCUUUCUCAUUUCUAGUUAAACUAGACAAAAGCAUACUAUUUACCAAUUAGUGAAAAGCUGUAACACGGUUCCAAUCCCAGCUGAGCACUUUGGACUGUUACUGUGAACUAGAAUUCAUCAGUACCAAACUAGCAAAGUCAUGCACUGACUUACUAAAAUGUGGCAGUACUGAAAGGCCUUAAAAAAAACCCAAAAGACCGUGAACUUUUACAUUUUUAGCUUAAAAGAAAGCAACUUUAUACUCUCAAACGCAGCAUUUUAAGGAAAAGAAAAUGCAAGUAAGAUGCACAGAGUUAGUUUUAAAAUUGAAGUUUCAGAGCCCAGCAUAGUGGCUCAUUCCUAUAAACCUAGCACUUGGGAGACUGAGGUAGGAGGACUGCUGUUAUCUUGAGGCUAGCCUGGGCUACAUAGUUCCAGGAAUUCCUGGGCUACAGAGUGAGAGCUGUACCACCAAAAUAUUAUGUUACAAAGUUACAUUUAAAAAAAAAAAGCAUCCUUCUAUCCUUCCAUUAGUAAACUUCUCAGAAUUGCUUUGUUAUAAAGUGAGUUGGGUUAUAAAUUAAAACAUGAGCAAGAAUCAAAAUAGGGGUUGUUUGUUUGUUUGUUUGUUUGUUUUAGUGUUAUUGAAGAGUGAGGCAAAAUGUGAUCAGGAUACACUGAUAAUUGGGUACAGGCAUUUGAUGCUCCAAUGAGCCUUCGCUGGCUUUGAAACAACUGCCUGCAUGGCUAACAACUGCUGUCUUCCUAAUAAAGUCUCUGGUCUAUUUUAUAACAAAGCUCAAUUGGACAUUAUGAGACCAACCUGGUGCUUUCAUUGUGUUGAGAGGAAUGUCUGUUAUUUGUUAAACCUCCUUCCUGGAGAGUGGGCCCAGAACUGUGUAUCCCAAAGAUGCUCAGGGGUGUCUGGUAUGGUGUAAGCAUCACUUCAUGUAUGGCCUGGAAAUUUAUUUCAGUCUUCUUUAACAUUAGGAACAGCCCUCCCUCUAUCCCACUUGCCAAGUCCUCAAUGAUUAUAAAUUAUAUAUGUGCACAUAACUACACACGUAGCAUGCUGUGCACAUGUAAGGGUGAGGGUGUCCUGCCUUUCCACAUAACUGAAUAGAAAGGCAUUUCUGCAGACCAGGGACUGCUGUUUUUCUUCUCUGUGUAACUUCCAAAUACAAUACUAGGUUUGUAGCCAAAUGCUGCCAUUCUGCUGCAUAUAAAACAAUUAUACACCAUUUUCUCUCCUGUAAUUUAAUACAACUACUUCUCCAAAUUAUCUGGACCACAGAUGUUGACUCGAGAACUUGAAAAUGACAGUCUACACUCGUAUUAUUCUGCUAAAGUCAAAUGAAAUGUCCAGAUUCAACAACUGACUGGUAGAUGGGUAUUCAAGAGCCUAGCUUCUUAACGUCCCUGCUAUGGCUGUUGAUUACUGUUCAGAAGUGCAGUAUUGUCCAAACUUUCGGAAGCUUCUGCAGUCUUGGUGCCUAAAUACUAGCCACCUUUUAUUUGAAAUACAAUUGCAUAUUAUCUCCCUGCACAUUGAUGGGUUUUUAGUAGCGUUGUGCACACUGACAAAAGUAGUUCAUUAGGCCAUGUUUUAAGAAACAGAAAAUACUUAAGCUGCCUGGAUGCCUAUGCUGUUGUGAAGUUGGCCCUGGCAGGAGGUCUGAUCUGAUCUGUGCAAAACCCAGCUCUGUCUGCUAAAUCACUGCUGCUUCCACAAACUGGGAGCAUAGCCAGGGCCUGGGAAUGGGACUGCAUCAGUAGGCAGGCAGAGACAGAGUCUAUGAUGUUCUUGGCAACAAGGAACACAAAUGAUAUCACAGCUUUACGAGGGAACUAAGAAAUAGUUAAGCUGAGAAGUGGUGUAAGCCCAAUGGUCACCAACUUUUUUUAAAAAUCCUUGUUCAGAUAUUAAUAGAAAUAACACAAAGUUCAUUUGCAUAAAGCUACAGUUUGCCAUAGACUGAAGAAUUCCAUAGAAAAAUUCACCUUGCUAGUUGUUCUUCACUGAUUCUUUUUCUUACUUUCUUUAUAAUCCAAGAUUCUUCCUCUUCAUCUGUCAAUUGAACAUGACCAUCAGUAUCAUUGUUACCAGCCAGUGAUACUAAGACAAGAUGAGGCACACAGUAAAGCACCUUAAAACCACAGGCUGUGCCCUCCACAGCAACAGCACUGAUGAUGGUUAUAGCUAUAACUUGGUAAAAAACUAACACAAGAAUGUAUUGUCUUAUUUGACUCACAAAAUAUUAAGAGGCAAAUAACAUCAUCAGUGUUUUAUUCAUGAGGAAGUUGCUGUGUGGAGAAGCUGAACUGACCCCCAAAGCUGUCCAUCUUAAGUAAACCCAGUAGAACUGGGAUUGCUACAAACCCACUCAUGCACAUCGUAUCUUAACCCAGUUUAUUAUGGGUGAAGGAGCAGUAUCAUAUUGGGCAAGUUCUGCCUUCUCAGGACACAAACCAUACUUUGAUAUCAUAAUUUGUGAGUGAUUUUUUUAUUUAAGGACUUGGGAUCUAUUUGUUGUGUCUAUGCUGUACUUAUAUUCUGAAGAUAUAUUAACUCAUUUGUUCUUCUUGACGAAGGUAUUUCCAUUGCCUGUAUACACCUUUCUAUGCUGUGAAAUGAUGGAAUGUCUGCUAACUUGUACUUGUGUCAGGGGUCAGAGGAGAGAAUGUUGCCUUCCUGUGCACACUUAACUCAAGUUUGUUUAUUUUGUUUCUUUUGUUAAAGUUUGCUAAUAUUAGACAAGAUUCCCACCUAACCUCUUCCCCUUCGUUGUUAUUGAUUACUAUGUCCUGGAGUCUUUAUGAGCCCUUUAGCUAAUAGGAGACACACAGCAAAUGGUGAUGAGUAAAGAAAGUCUCUAUGGUAGAAUCAACACUACCAUUGUGAAAGUCUUCUGUGAACCUUGUCUACUGAGGAGGUUUCCUUUUCUCCUAAUAUAUAUGUAUGAGGACCCCAGCUGUGUGCCAUGUGCUGUUAUAGAGACUACAGGUUGGAUGGACAGCUUUCCCUCAUCUUGUGUUUUAAUGUUUAGAGGCCGCAUCGGGUGAUGUCUUUUACUGUAAGAUAAGAGGUGUAGAGAGAGGUGUGUGCAGGGCAAUGGGGUUGAGUAGGAAAGUACAUGGUGAGUUCUAUUAGAAGAUGAGAAAAAAUACUAGUUUGACUCCCAUCAAACUCCCCCUUAUUAAACACAGACAGUAGCUCCCAAGUUGUAAUGUACCUAAGAAUUUUGUCCAGGUUCUGGCCAGAGAUUCUGUUUCAUUUGGUGUAGAAGAAAGCCUGAGAGUCUAGAUCUGGUUGAGUUCCCCAGGAAAUCCUAGCUGGGCAGCACUGGGAUAUAAUACUUUUGUUUCUUAUCUGCAGUUGUUGGCAGCAGUUUCUGUGCCCAUAGAUUAAGUCUUGAUGUGGUGGUGGUAAGGUUUGUAGUCUCUGGGUAACUGUGAGGAAGCAAGUUUCUUGGGAAUGAAGGAUCACGUUCCCUCCUUCUUAUCUCUCUCAAGUUGCUUUUAUACACAAACAGUUGCAAAACUAUAAAACUGAAGUUAAUAUCAUAAAGUUAGAGGAAGGCCUUUUUAAAGGUGAGGAUGACAUUUUGGCAGCUGUGCUGGAUAAAUACGGAUGAUAUUAGUACGUCCUGUAAUGCACCAACAUUUGUUUGCCAGGGAGAAACGAAGACAGCUUUCACAAGUGUUCUGAUACUGUACUCAAGUGUUGUGAGCGAUUAUUUCAAGCACAGCUAGAAAUGUAUGGUGAUACUUCCAAAUAAUUUGAGGUUUACCAAGAGAAAAACUGUAGUAGUAACAUAUUUUAGAAAUUAAUUUAUUAUGUUUAUGCAUACUUUUACUACAGUAACUUUGGCAAAAGCAACUCUGAGGAACUUUAGAGCUGAUAUGAAGGGGACAGCUUUGCCUGAGCUGGCAGUGACAGCCAUGUCCCAGCAACUUGGCUAGACUUGUACUUGAAUUUCGAAAUAAGCAAGUGUAUCGUUACUGUUUCUCAGUGCUGGAGCUAUGAACUGUUAGAGUCUGAUUAAGUGUUGUGACCUAGUCUUUUUCUAAAACCCAAGAGGUUCAUCACUACUCUGGGGCAUUGCUUCUCAAAAAUAAUGUACUUUUUAUAGAAAAACUCAGUCAGUGGAUCUUUUUACUUGGUAUCCCUUCUCUUCCUCCCCUACCCCUCUUCUCUUCCUUUCUUUGAGUUUUUGAGGCAAGAAGCUUCCUUAAUAGUCUAGUUUCUACGGAGCUUUCUUACUUAUUUUUCUAAUAAUAGGUAUAGCUGAAUGAUGACGUUUAACUGCUCUGUGAGCAGAACUGUCUCAACCAACCUGAAGAAAUGUGCUGCCUAUUGGUGUUUCCUUUGAUCUCAACUGUGUCUGACCUGUUUGCUAGUGACUUUUACCCAUGAGUGGACUUUGCUCAUGUGCAUAGUAUGUCCAUGUACAUAGUAUGUCCAUGUGGUCAUCAGCAGUGCUGUGUUGUUAUCACAUAUUUAUAUGCACUUGGUCAAAACAGAAGCUGACGAGUGUGUGAGCCAUCAUUUUGUAGAGUGAAAUGGCUGAACCCCCUUUGUGUCAUUGGAGUCGCGCUGCGCAUCCGUUGCCUUUAAACUAUCAUACCUUCUUUUGUACUCUACACCGACUAUCGCGGUGCCUUUUUCCUUUUGUAUAAUUGUAUUACAUAAAAAAAUUGCUGACCUGUGUGUAAAAAUGUUAAAACUACACCAGUCCAAGGAGAUUUUAAUGGCAGUCCAAUUUUCCAGAGAAUAAAUUUUUGUGUGCAUUAAAGGUUACGUUUCUUCACAUUUAUGUAAAAUAAAAAUUGUUUCCAUUUUAGCA